AUGUCCGGCGCCACAAUGGGCGGCGUCCAGGUGGCGCACGCGGAGAACCCCUGGCCGCGGCCCAAAACUCCGCGAGACCCCGCGGCCGCGGAGCCGCCCGCGGAGGCGACGUCACCCGAGGGCCUGCUGACGCACGUGCUCAACUCGCUGACGAUAGUGGACCUGCAGCUGGUGACGUUCAUCGUGGUGCUGGGAACCAGCGGGAACGUGCCCUUCUUCGACCUCGUAUUCCCCAUCUUCGCGUCCGCGUAUAUCGCCAUCCUGAACGGAUUCGUCUUCCCGCCGACGUCACGCGAGGCCCCGCCGCGGCUGUUCCGGGGCUGCCGCCUCUUCAAGGUCUACGUGCUCUCCGGCGCGCUCAUUGGCCUGUUCCUGCCUAUGGCGUACAUCUUGGGCGGCUUCUCGCGCGGCGACACGGAGAGCGUGCUCGCGAGCUCCCCCCACCUCUUCCUGCUCUCGUGCCAGAUCCUGACCGAGAAUCUUAUCCACGGCUCCCGCGGGGUUUCGCUCCCGGUUAGGGCGCUAACCCCGAUCCUCUACAACGCGGUGCGCCUCACCUCGCUGUACCACUGGGUGACACGUGUCCUCACGCGAGACGCUCCCCCGAUCUCCUCGGAGGUUCUGGGCCGUCCGCUUAUCAUCUGGUCCCUGCUGGUUAACCGGGACAUGAACCUGUGGGUUUCGUUUGGCAAGGCGCUCGCGGUGGUUAACUGGCUGUUCUGGCACUUUAACCUGUUCGGGUUCCUGGUGUGCGUCUUCCUCCCCCGGGCAAUGGCGGCGUAUUACCACCGGAUUCCGGCCAAGGCGCCGGAAGCCCCCGGAAGCCCCCGGCCAAGCCCCCGGGAAGGACUCAGGCCGGCCAAGCCCUCGGUGACGGAACCGGUCGCAGAAUUGAACCGGGAGCAUCAUAGUAAGAAGGGGCAGUGA